AUGUUUCCCAUUUCUGAAACAUUUCGUAUACGUUUCUAUUCUGAAAAUUCUAUGUGUUGUGAACAUUAUCUAUUUGUCAAUAGUGAUUCAAUAAAGUAUUGGGGUUGUAGUGAUGAAAAUGAUAAUAUGCAUGCUCAUAUUGUUAGUAAUAAUUUAAAAGUUGAACGUCCACCAGUAUCUAUUGCACGUUAUAAAAUAUUAAAAUAUACUCAUCAAAAAUAA